UUGAGGAUGAAAACAGUCGCGGGCGGUCGUGAGCGGCUUCAUUUUGACUGGUGCGCCGCUGCGGCUGGGAGCCGAGCGGGAACGGGAGGUGGGGUGGGGGGGGAAGAGGAAGGCCGGCCGGCCACUUCAUGCCAGCCGCCAGCAAUACAAACACACGGAGAUCCGGACACCCCCAGCUCCCUUCUCUGUACCAGCACCACCGAGAACUGACAAACAGGCUGCCCCCGCCCCACCAUAAUGACAGUGUAAUUGGGCCGAGUUGUUUUUAAAUUCACUCCCCUGAUGUGUGUGUGGAGCCGCGGCGGUUAACUUCAUUCCCCUCACCCCCUUCCCCGCCGUCUUACUCUACUUGUUAAUUGCUCUUCUAUUUAUUUUUUUAAUUUAUUUCUUUUUUUUUAAUUCCCACCCAUCGUUCCCCCCCGGAAAAAAAACAUUGAACAUACGCCGCCCGUGGAGCCGACAGAUUUAUGUAUGAGAAGGUGCUGUUUAGGUGGAAUCGUGCUUGUUAUAGCUUUGGCAACAGAAGUAUCCAAAAUUCAGCAAUAAAAGAAUCAUCAGUAUGGCCAAAGAUAUUGGGGUAAUAGAAACUAAUGGCGAGAUCAAAGUUUUUACAGAUCAGAAUGUUAGCCCAGCAAAAAUUGCAUUAGUGACAGUAGCAUCUUCGCAUCUCACCACCCCAGGGAAACAAAUUUUGCCAAAAACAUUGGGGCUAUCAAAUGUUAGUAACGCUCCUCACAUGAUAAUUAGUACACCUCAACGGACACCAACAACACCUACUCUCUUAGUGGGAAGCCCCCAUGGUCCUAAUGUACACAUGUUAACUCAGGGUGAGACAUCGGACUCUUCUCCGUGGAGUACAGGUAAAAGGAACAAAAAGGGUGAAAAGAAUGGCAAAGGAUUACGGCAUUUCUCAAUGAAGGUUUGCGAAAAGUGCAGCAGAAAGACAACUACCUACAAUGAAGUAGCAGAUGAGCUGGUGGCAGAAUUCAGUAAUACCAACAACCAGGAAUCGGGCUCUGAUGAACAGGGGUAUGAUCAAAAAAAUAUAAGACGUCGUGUAUAUGAUGCAUUGAAUGUGCUCAUGGCAAUGAACAUCAUCUCCAAAGAGAAGAAAGAAAUCAAGUGGAUAGGACUUCCCACAAACUCAGCAGAGUGUCAGAAUCUUGAGAUGGAGAAGCGGAGGAAAAUGGAGAUGAUUAAACAGAAGCAGUUACAACUUAAGGAGUUGCUUCUGCAGCAAAUUGCCUUUAAGAAUCUGGUUCAACGAAAUCGCCUUGUAGAACAACAGUCUGGCAGGGUUCCUCCUCCUAAUACUGCCAUUCAACUGCCCUUCAUUUUAGUCAACACCAGCAAAAAAACAAUCAUAGACUGCAGUAUCUCUCCUGAUAAGUUUGAAUAUUUUUUUAACUUUGAUAAUACAUUUGAAAUCCAUGACGACAUUGAAAUUCUUAAGAGAAUGCGAAUGGCUUUUGGAUUGGAGUCUGGUGGCUGUUCUGUUGAUGAACUGAAGAUGGCUAAGAGCCUAGUACCCCAAGUCCUGGAACCAUAUGUAAUAGAAAUGGCUAAAGGAGUGCAAAAUGUUAACUCAGGCCCAAGUUUAGUAGGCAGCAUCUGCGUCUUCGUCAACCUUCCAGUCUAGCAGAGCAUUUGGUGCCAGUGAUGCAAUAGUAGCCUUACCAACUGAUACCGAAGUGGCCUUAGUGACUAGUCAAGCACAAGGAAGUUUCAAUGGUACACACUGUUCUGAUCCCAGAAUGGAGACUCCUAUGUCCUAUAUUGGUGAAGAUGAUGAUGAAGAUGAUGAUGAUGAUGAGGAGGAGUAUGAAUGAACUAGUGAUCAUUCUACAUUUAUUCCUACUUUCUGUUGCUUAAAAUGGCAUCUCUGGAAAGAACUGUCUCUGAGGCAGAGACUUUAGGAAUUGUUAUUUUGACUUGUGAGGGGUUUUAACUUAAUUCUAUUCUCUUCUAAUUUAAGCAUAAGAAACAUUGAAAACAGAAUUGUAGAGAUACUUUUCUGAACAUGAGAACAACAGUUGAAAAUUUUAAAAGGAAGUUUUUGCUUCUCUGAUCUACGAAGUGACUUGUUACUGCACCAAGUGCAGCUAUAAAAGCUACUAGUCGUUCAGUCACAUUUGGAGCAA